AACGUAUACUCAACCUAUUGCUCUAAACCAGUUUAUGCCCUUUUGAUUUACCCCAAGAAAAUUUUACUUUGACAUUUGAAAACCGGAAACCUUGUUGCUAGCUAGGCUACCUUGACAGUUGGUUAGGACUUCAAGUUAAGUAACCGGGAUGCAAAGUUCCGCCUUCCUUUUUAUCCGGCAGAUGACACCGUUGAAGAGAGUCGAGGAGUGUCCUAACUUACUCCAACGUCUGUCAAGAUAAAGACGUCAAGGUUUCCCGCUCAACAAGUUAGCCAAAAACAAGUUUGGUAGUUGGACAUGUCGUAGACCGAAUAUGGAAAUGUAACGUCACAGUUACACCAGCUGCGCCUGAAAGAAUGCGGAAUAAACUUGAAGUCUUUCAACGGAAACGAAACGAGGCUGGUUACAGUGCACGGGUCACAUCAGCAGUAGGUGCCAGAGAAGAGCAGCUCCACCUCGGGGCAUGAAACCUCAGUCCGAUUUUCCACCGAGGAAGGAAGCGACAGGAUGGCAGUAUGCGGAAGAAGGAGUCGACCCAAGUUAGUUUUUUUAGUCUUUGGUGUCACGUUAGUGGGAUAUCUGGUGUUUUUCAGACAUAACUCCGUGGAAGUGAACGCGACAAAUCGACGUGAGGCCCCCGGAGAGCCAGAGGUGGAAAAUGAACAGUUUAAGAAACCCGUCUACGAGAAGCCCCCAUUGGAUAUACAUGCCCUGGGCGAAAUGGGGAGAGCAGUCAAACUGGACCUACAGGGAGAGGAGAAAAAAGAAGAGGAGGAAGGCAUCAAAAAGCAUCAGAUUAACACUUAUGUCAGUGACAGAGUAUCUCUGCACCGCCGGCUGCCUGAGAGAUGGAACCCACUUUGCAGGGACCUGAAGUAUGACUACCGGUCCCUGCCGACAACCUCCGUGGUAAUCGCAUUCUACAACGAGGCCUGGUCCACCCUGUUGAGGACAGUCCACAGCGUGCUGGAGACGUCACCGGACAUCCUGCUGAAAGAGGUGGUACUGGUGGACGACUACAGUGAAAGAGCUCAUCUCAAGGAGCCAUUGGAGAAGUACAUCUCAGGUUUGAGGAAGGUGCGUUUGAUCCGAGCCACCAAGAGGGAGGGGUUGGUGCGGGCCCGGUUGCUAGGUGCGUCCAUUGCCACAGGUGAUGUGCUGACCUUCCUGGACUGUCACUGCGAGUGCCAUGAAGGCUGGUUGGAGCCCCUGCUUCACAGGAUCAAAGAGGAGCCAUCGGCUGUGGUCUGUCCCGUCAUCGAUGUAAUCGACUGGAACACCUUCGAGUAUUUAGGGAACUCUGGUGAACCUCAGAUCGGGGGGUUCGAUUGGCGGUUGGUCUUUACCUGGCACACUGUCCCAGACUAUGAACAGAAACGCCGUCGCUCGCCCACUGAUGUCAUCAGGUCUCCUACGAUGGCAGGUGGUCUGUUUGCUGUGAAAAAGAACUACUUCCAUUACCUGGGGACGUAUGACACAGGGAUGGAGGUGUGGGGAGGAGAGAACCUGGAAUUCUCCUUCAGGAUUUGGCAGUGUGGGGGCAGCCUGGAGGUACACCCAUGCUCCCAUGUGGGUCAUGUGUUCCCUAAUAAGGCCCCUUACUCGCGGAGCAAAGCUCUGGCAAACAGCGUGAGAGCCGCUGAGGUCUGGAUGGAUGAAUACAAAGAGAUCUACUACCAUCGAAGCCCUCAUGCACGGCUGGAGGCCUUUGGAGACGUGACAGAGCGGAGGAAGCUUAGAGAAAAGCUGGACUGUAAGAGCUUCCGGUGGUACCUGGAUAAUAUUUACCCCGAUAUUAACGUCCCAGAGGAUCGCCCAGGCAUGUUUGGAAUGCUGAAGAACCGGGGCAUGACCGACUACUGUUUUGACUACAACCCUGCAGAUGAGAACACUAUAGUAGGCCAAAGGGUCAUCCUGUACUCGUGUCAUGGCAUGGGUCAGAACCAGUUCUUUGAAUUCUCCACGGAGGGUGAAAUCCGCUAUAACACAAGGCAACCUGCUGGAUGCGUUGCGGGUGACAGCGUCAGCACCUACCUGACUCUCCAGCUGUGUAGAAACCGAGGGCAACCUGUAUCUGCAGACCAGAAAUUUGUCCUCCGAGAGGACGGUAGCCUGUACCAUGUGAUGAGCCAGAAGUGUGUUGAGGCGGUAAGCAAGACAGACAACGGGACACCAGGCCCCUCACUCCAACCCUGCACCGACAGUCUCCACCAGAAGUGGUUCUUUGAGGAGAGAAUGUAAUGGUAUCAACCUAGAAUGUAUCUACAAAUAUAUGUUUUCAAUCAGGGCCAAUGUCCUGAGGAGGGGUAUGGGUGGACUGAAUCGCUUAAUGUUUUUUUAUGUUUACCUUGUCCUAAAAGGAGCCCAAAGGAGGAAGUUCCUAUGCUCCCGUCCAAACUUUAACCUUUGCACAUUUCUGUGCCAGCUGGAUUUACACUAAUAAUAUAAUUAUAUUGAUGAAGUCCUUUGUAAAUAUA